CCGCGCCUGCGCCUUGAGCAUUUGCGGGUGAGCUUGGGAGAGCAGUGGGCGCUGAGGCGCUGCAGGUGGCUCCCCUCAGGAUUAUUACAGAGAGAAACAAACUGGAAUCUGAGACUUCAGGCACCAGAUAAACUCCAGGCUUCUGGAAGGGGCUAUGGCGGUGGCCCUGGGCUGUGCAAUCCAGGCCUCCUUGAAUCAGGGCUCUGUGCUACAAGAGUAUGACACUGACUGUGAGGUCUUCCGCCAACGCUUCAGGCAGUUCCAGUACACUGAAGCAGCUGGGCCUCAUGAAGCCUUCAACAAACUGUGGGAGCUUUGCUGUCAGUGGCUGAAGCCAAAGAUGCGUUCUAAGGAGCAAAUCCUGGAGCUGCUCGUGCUGGAGCAAUUCCUCACUAUUCUGCCCACAGAGAUAGAGACCUGGGUGAGGGAACACUGCCCAGAGAAUAGAGAAAGAGUUGUAUCACUGAUAGAAGACUUACAGAGAGAACUUGAGAUACCGGAACAACAGGUUGACAUGCAUGACAUACUUUUGGAAGAACUGGCGCCAGUAGGAACAGUACCCAUGCCACCAGACAUGCAUCUGGAGUCACCUGCCCUCCAGGUAAUGGGUCCUGUCCCAGAGGCCUCAGUCACAGAGGCCUGGAUCCCACAGGCAGGGCCACAGGAGCUGAACUACGGUGAUGCUGGAACAUGCCAGCCCUUUCUGGACACUGGAUAUCCACUGCCAAAGCUUGAUGUAAACUUCCCACUGGAGCAGCGAGAAGAGCCAUGGGUAAAGGAAUUACAGGAUUCCAAAGAAAUGAAACAAUUACUUGAUUCCAAGAUAGGUUUUGAUAUGGGGUUAGAAAAUGAAGAAGAUGCUUCAAAACAGAAAAAACUGGAGAAUAUAUAUCCAUUUAUUGUAACUUUAGAGGGGAAUUCUCUGCAUGGUCCCGUUAUGGAAAAAGACUAUGUACCAUUAGAAAAUCAAUGGGAGCUACCCCCGGAGGAUUUACAGACAGAUUUAACUAAACUCGUGGAUCAGCAGAACCCCACUCUAGGCGAGACACUUGAGAGCAGCAGCUUGGAAGAACCUCUCAACCCUAGGCCCCAAAAGAAGAAGAAUCCAGGAGAGAAACCUCACCGAUGUCCUCAGUGUGGAAAAUGUUUUGCUCGGAAGUCACAACUUACUGGGCAUCAGAGAAUUCAUUCAGGGGAAGAACCUCACAAAUGCCCUGAAUGUGGAAAAAGAUUCCUUCGUAGUUCAGACCUUUAUAGACACCAACGACUUCACACAGGAGAGAGACCCUAUGAAUGUACUGUGUGUAAAAAGCGAUUCACGCGGCGGUCACACCUUAUUGGGCACCAGAGAACUCAUUCUGAAGAAGAAACAUAUAAAUGCCUUGAAUGUGGGAAGAGUUUUUGUCAUGGAUCAAGUCUUAAAAGACAUCUGAAAACUCACACAGGUGAAAAACCUCACAGAUGUCAUAAUUGUGGGAAAAGUUUUAGUAGACUGACCGCGCUUACUUUGCACCAGAGAACACAUACUGAAGAGAGACCAUUUAAAUGUAAUUACUGUGGGAAAAGCUUUAGGCAGAGGCCAAGCCUCGUUAUUCACUUAAGAAUCCAUACAGGGGAAAAGCCAUAUAAGUGUAGUCAUUGUUCUAAAAGCUUCAGACAGAGAGCAGGCCUUAUUAUGCACCAAGUCACUCAUUUUAGAGGACUGCUUUAAGAAUUGUUGAGGGAAACAGGUCCUACAGAAGCUAACACUAACUCAAAAAAAUUGUAACCUGCAGUAGCCUGUUUGUUUGGAAGGACCUUUUUGUUUGAACUCAUGACAACAGUUUUUUUUGGGGGGGGGUUAUUAGCAUUUUUAUUUUGAGAAUUCAAAACUGCAGACAGUAUAAGAAUUCCAAGUGUUGAUAUAUUUCAAUCUUUCUUUACAAAAGGUGUGGGGAGGGGCUAUUUUUAAAAUCCAUCUUCAGUGGCAUAUGAGUUGUAGAAGAGCCACCUAUAUUAGCAGCUUUCCUAACUUGAUUUAUCCUGUCUCCACAACUCUUUUUUAUUAAAAUAGGAGAUUUUAUGUUCCAAGGCAGCCAUGUCCUAAGUAUAAGCAUAAAGCAUAAAAAUGAUGACAGACCUUUUAGGGGUAGGAUCAGUAUAAUGGAUAACCAUGUCUAUUGACCUAUCUGUUGUAGAAGUACCAUACAUACUCUGCUGUGUAAUUAUUAAAGAUGAACUCAAAACUUUAGAUGUUCCAAAGUGGCAAGAAUGGAGAUAGUGAAUUUUGUCAAACAAUAAAAUUACGUCAGGAGCACAAGAAUGGAGGGGUUAUCAUUUUCCUGGUGAGAACUGGGUUAUUUCCAUUAAAAUUUUUAUAUUUAAGAAAAUUUAGAUUUUAACCUUUACUUCUGAACUUUGCAAAGUUUGCUGGUCUGCUCAGUUGGCAGGCUGUGGUGAUGGUGCCUAGUAUUGAUAAUUUAGCUCUAGGUCUAGAAGAGUCCACUUGAAGCCAGGUGUGGUGCACAUCUAUAAUCCCAGCACUCUGAGAGGCUGAAGAAGGAGGAUCGCAUUUUUGAGUCCAGCCUGAGAAAAUUAAUGACUUACCAAGAACUUGUCCCAAAAUAGAACAUCAAAAAAGGGUGGGGCAAGGCCCUGGGUUUGAUCUCCAUUACCACAAAAAGUAAAGAACUCACUUGACUGUGGAAGUUGUACAAGUAGGAUCUAAUUUAACUGAGAUUGACUGAAGAAUCAGUAUCCAUGGCUUUUUACUCUCUUUUGGUAAUUCACUCAUGUGUCUUUCAGUGCUUUUGAAAUUUUACCCAUUCCUUAGUUCAUUGUCUCCUGUAAGAAUGUGUCAUAGAACACUUAGUUCUGCAAGAUACUCUGCAAGUAAGUUUCUGAGUUGCUUCCUGCUAUUUCCCCUUCCUGGAUUCAUAGUGCACAUCAGCGUAUGAGACUCUGGGAGAGAUCUGCUAGUAAAGGAGGAGAAAGCACCUCUUUGGCUCAAUGUUUUCCAAACUUACUUGAACCCAGUACACCUCUUUUCUUGUUCAUUCAAUGAUAACUUACAGAACUAUUAUUCUGCAAAUGUCCCUUGGAAUACACUACCUUAAACAAAUAUUUCUUUAACUACAAUAUUGUUCUGUUGCUCCCAAGCUAGUUAUCUCCAGUUGUUUUAAGGGUAUUAUAAAAAAAUUCUUUAAAAAUAUACAUCUUUUUGGCCAGGGAUUUAGCUCAGUGGUUUUGCCGCCUGCUGCGCAAGCACAAGGACCCCAGUUCUAUCCCUGGUACCAAAAAAAAUAUAUAUAUAUAUAUAUAUAUAUACAUCUUUUGUAUAAUACACACAUAUAUCAUUUCAAGGAGGUGAGGAUCACUAAUUUAUAUCAUUUAUAAAUUGUUCAGUGAUUGUCAACCUCUUCAUUUUCCUUAUAAGUACACAUACACGCACACACAAAUACAGAUCCAUACACAAUACCAUUUUAAGAAGGUGAGGAUCACAAAUUCAGGCAAAUUAAAAGUUGCCAGUGAUUAUCACCCUUUUUGAAUUUUACUUAUAAUUACACACACACACAGUUGUUGCUUAUAUAAAUAUUCCCAUAUAAUCGUGGUAACAACUCAAAUUCCCACAUGAGGGAAGAAGUCUCAUUAUCAGUUAAAGCUGUUAGCAUGUGAAAAUAUUCAUUGAGCCUAGUUCCUUGUUGUAAUAUACAAGAAAUAGGACAUUCAAGCAUUUUUCUUUUAUGAAGAUAUCCAGUCAUUCUUUCCUUAACUAGGACUAGGGAGGUAUAUCUCUUCUAUUGCACUGAAUUGCUUGCAACUGAUAUCUAAGCAUUUGGGAGUAUCUGCUAUGUGCCUAACUAGUCCUGUUCUAGGCUUAACAGAAGCUAGUAAAGAAGUACAAUUCAUGGGUCAGGCUCAUAAAAGAGUUUAUAAUAUCUCUAGUUAUAAACAAGAGUUGGGGAACACAUGGAGAACAAUGCAAGAGAGUUUGUAAUUAAGUGCCAAAUCAUAUCAAGUGCCAGAGCCAGGAUGUGUCUUUAACUCUUGACAUCCAGGUCCCUGUAUGAUGCUGCUAUAUUUUUAGGGUUAAAAUUGAGAUCUCAGUAGCAAUAGACAUGUAAUAUGGGAGGAGUCUGAAUGUAGAGAUGAAAAAUACCGAAUGUAAUGGCUUCUCUUUUCUCUCUUGUGGAAUCGCAUUCAAACCAGAAAACAGUGCCUUAGAAUGGAUGUGCCCAACUGCUCUGUAUUUAUACAAUAUUUUAAUAAAAUGGAAAUGUGUAUGCUA